AUGGCCAAGCUGAGCGACGGGAUUCGAGGAGCGUGUGGUAGCAAGCUGAAGGAUUUCCUUCACGCCCUGUCGAUCAAUCGAUUUGCUGGGUUCCUAACGGGUGUCUUCGCGUGCAUGUUGACCAACAGCCUCAGCUGCAUUGCGGUCAUCUUGGUCAGCUUCGUCUCCGCAGACCUAAUCGAAAUGGAGCGAUGCUUCGGCAUCCUACUGGGCGCUUGCGUGGGGUCAACUUUCAUAUCGUAUCUUGUGGUAUUCAAGGUGGUCGACUAUGGUCUCUUCUUGAUCUUCUGGGGGUACUGCAUCACUUUCUUCGGACAUGCCAUCAAGACCAAGCAGAUCGGGGACGCAGUGUUCGGGCUCGGUCUCUUGUUCUACAGCAUGGAGAUCAUGGGAAACGCGUUCAGCUUCGUCAAGACUCACGAGGGGUUUCUGCGACUCUUGUCGCGCAUGUCGAAUCCGUGGUUGGGGAUGUUGGUGUCGACCCUCUUCACCGGCCUCAUCCAGUCGUCGGGUGCUACCAUGAGCAUCCUCCUUCAGCUAGCGAGGCAGGGGAUGCUGAAGAUGGACGCGUGUACUGGUCUCAUGCUCGGAGCCAACGUGGGGACUUGUGUGACGGGACUUCUCGCAGCCAUCGGCAAGAGCAGAGACGCGUUGAGACUGGCAGUCGCUCUCUUCCUCUUCCGACUCGUCUCGGCUCUCUUCAUGCUGCCGUUUGUUCAUCCCUUCAGUCGUCUCGUGUGCUACACUUGCAGCAUCAGCCCACAUAGCUCGGCUCCCGGUGACGUCACCAUCUUCCUGGCGUCUUCGCAUACCAUCUUCAACUUGGUGCUCUCUGUCUUCGUGCUGCCGUUCACCGACCAGUGGGCCCUCCUCAUCCGCUGGCUCAUCCCCGACAACUUUCGGGACGUGGACGGGUUGACGACGGUCAAGCUGGGAAAGGCGUCAAACAAGAAGAACCUGCACGUCAAGAGGUCCAAGAGCCUCCCUACUGCCCCUCGCCCUGUCGCCUCCUCGCCCCAGACGCCGCCUGAUGUAUGA